UGUGCGGCGGGCGGGACGCGGGCCGGGGCAUGGAGCGGUGGGUCGGGGCCGCCGGGGGCUGGGGCUCCCUGUGGGGAGCCGGCUGGGGCCGCUGGCCGGGCUGGGAGCUCUUGGCCGCCUGCGCGGUCAUCGGCGCCGUGGGCUGGCUGCUGCGGCUGCUGGAGAGGAGGCCGGGCGGCCGCGGAGCGGCGGCGGCCAUCUCCUCGCCGGCGCCCCUCUCCUCGCCGGCGCCGCUCUCUGCGGGGAGCCGGCGCUGCAGCGGGAGCCGCCCAGGUGAAAUAACAAUGGAUGCAAUAUUAUGCCGAUUGAAGCAGCUUACCCCUGAUGAACUUAGAGAAGAAAUUGUAAGAGCAGGACUGAAAUGUGGGCCCAUUACCUCAACUACUAGGUUUAUUUUUGAAAAAAAAUUGGCUCAGGCAUUAUUGGAGCAGCAAGGAGCGUUGGAGGGAAAAGGAUCUGCUCUAUCAGAGGAAGCUGGUGGAAAUGUCCCAUCUGGUAGCAGCCCAGCAGAAGCACAAAAGGCUUUGAAAACUACAGCAGUGAAUUACAACGGUCAUGGAAGUGUUUCCGAAGAGGUAGACUUUGGGUACUGUGUAGGUCUGAACCCUCCAGAAGAAGACGCUGUAAUGCACAUGAACUGUUCAGCUCCAGUCUGUGGAGCAGGAUGUGUUGGUUCACAAGUUAGUACUCAGACACCGUCCAGAGAUCCUCCACUAUUCUACGGUGUUUGUCCAGUUUAUGAUGACAUAUUGGCAAGGAAUGAGAGAAUACAUGUUUAUGAAGAUAAAAAGGAAGCUCUCCAAGCUGUUAAGAUGAUUAAGGGUUCCCGUUUUAAAGCUUUUUCAAACAGAGAGGAUGCUGAGAAAUUUGCUAAAGGAAUCUGUGAUUAUUUCCCAUCUCCAAGCAAGUCCUCUUUAUGUUUGUCUCCAGUGAAAAUGGGAUCAUUUAACCGAGAUGGCUUAUGUUCCCCUGAGACCGAAACUGCUAAUAAGGAGAGAGCCAACAGUUAUAAAAGUCCACGUACUCAAGAUCUUACUGCUAAACUUCGGAAAGCGGUCGAGAAAGGAGAUACAGCAACAUUUUCAGAACUUAUUUGGAGUAACCCUCGCUAUCUGAUUGGAUCAGGAGACAAUCCAACAGUUGUACAGGAAGGGUGUAGGUACAAUGUCAUGCAUGUUGCUGCCAAGGAGAAUCAACCUGGUAUCUGCCAGUUAUUACUGGACACUUUGGAAAAUCCUGAAUUUAUGCGGCUUAUGUAUCCAGAUGAUAAUGAUACAAUGUUGAAGAAUCGCAUCCAAUAUAUCGUUGACCUUUACCUUAAUACACCAGAUAAAAUGGGAUUUGAUACUCCAUUGCAUUUUGCCUGCAAGUUUGGGAAUUUGGAUGUUGUUAAUGUGCUUACCUCACACCCAGCUAUUGUAAAAAAUCCAAGAAACAAAUAUGAUCAAACUCCAGCAGAAGUAGUUUGUGAAAGAAGCAAGAAUAAAUCUGCAGAAUUGAAAGAAAAACUAAGAGAGUACUUGAAAGGUCGAUACUAUGUACCACUCUUGAGAGCAGAAGACAAUUCCUCAGCUCCUGUAAUUGGUGUGCCGUGGUCACCCGAUCAGACAGAUGAUAGCCCCCAAAGAACUUUAUCUAAAUACACUGGCAGCCCCAAAGAUCCAGUGUUGUCGAUAAGAGCUUUUGCAGGCCCCAUGAGCCCCUCAAAGGCUGAAGAAUUUCGUAGGCUUUGGAAGACUCCACCUCGAGAGAGAGCUGGCUUCUUUCACAAUGUCAGGAAAUCUGAUCUGGAGAGAGGUGUUGAAAGAGUUGGAAGGGAGUUAGCUCAUGAACUGGGGUUCCCGUGGGUUGAAUACUGGGAAUUUCUGGGCUGUUUUGUUGAUCUGUCUUCCCAGGAGGGGUUGCGAAAAUUAGAAGAGUACCUGAGUCAUCGGGAAAUGAGCGAAAAGGCUCAGCAAGAAACAGGGGAAAAUGAAACUUGCAAUAGAUACAAAACUCCACAUCCUUCUGGCAAGAGUAAAAAAUGCUGCAAUUCUAUUUCUGUUGGAGCAUUUUUGGAUGAGGAUGAUGAUGACAUGAGCUUAGAAGAAAUUAAAAACAGACAAAAUGCAGCACGGAAUAUCAGCCAACCUAUUGUGUCCAAAGAACCUAGCAUUGAUGCUAUUGGAGAUGCUGAGUGUGAUAUCUUGUCAAUGGAGCGUACAGUAAACAUUAUAGAAACAUCACGUCACCCCAGGCACUAUGAAAAGGCAGCUUCUUCCAGCAAAAAUGGAUUUUGUAAUCCUGUGUCCAGUGAAAGGAUAAUUAGUGACAGAAAGCAUUUGCAUGAUGGAGAAGAAUGCCUUGUAUCGCCCGUUUCCAAUUUAAUGUCAGAAUUUGAAAGCCUGUCAUUCCAAGAGCAAGAGGUUGCAGGAGAAUCGAAUGAAAUCACUGAGAAAACUGCGAAUGAGAGAAUUCUGGGUGAAGGAACAAGUCAGGUGAGAAUAUCCAAGGACCAUCUGGAUAAGACCUGCUGUGCAGCUUCACUGGCAAGUUCUUCUGAGCCAAGUGUUACAGGUAAAUUUGGAGAGACCAAGUUAAGGACAGAACACAAAAUACCAUCAGAAAAGGAGAGACAGUCCAUGGAAUCUGGAAUUCAGACUAAUGAGGCACAACAACGUCAAGAACUUUCUUCCCAGAAAUUUCUUUUGAAGGCUUCACCCGCAAAUGACAAUUCUAAGAAUUUAUUCCUGCUUGGGGAGCAGCCCUCGAAGCUGGAUAGUGAUGUCUUAGCAGCUAUAGAAGCAGUAGAGAUUGAUCCACAGAAAUACCCGAUUAUUAACAAAUGGAAACAUGCGGUGCAGUCGUACUCUUCAUCUGACAGGCAAAGUUGGCCGAGUCCAGGACUAAAGGCAAGAUUCAAGUCCCAAACCGUCGCUGCUGGCCUUCCAAAUGCUUCAGUGUAUUCGAAUUCAGGAAGAAAUAGUCCCAUAUCAGGAAGUCCAGGAAAAUACGGCAAUGCCGCCUCGUUCUCUCCAGACCCUGGGAGUCCCGGGCGCUACAGUCCAGCUGGUGUCAACCAUGCUCUGUUAAAACUGCGUUAUUUUUCAGAGCCUCCUGCCCGCUAAAAUAGGAUUCAUCUUCCUGGGACUUCAAAUAUAUUUUCAUUGUUAGAGUGGAGGAAGAAACUACAAUGUUACUGAAGUGACAUGAGGUUUGUACUUGGCUAUUUAUUUUUCCUCAAUUGAGGACAAGUGUAUGUUAAAAGAAAUUGAAUAUAUGUCUUUAUGCCAUAUACGAGAUAGAUUACUGGUGAUAUGCAAGAAUUUAGUGACAGUCAGUGCGGUUGUCCAGUAGCUAUGAAUUAACCCUUGUUGCCAGUAAAGCAGCGAGCUGAACCUUUACUUAGAAAUGGUGGUAUUUUACUAUCACCAGUUGUCAUUAUUGUAAUGAACCUGUUAGCCCUCAACUGCGUUUCUUUUGCUUGGAUAGUCUGGAGGAAGCACGUCAUCAGUAAACAGAAAUCUUAUGAGAGGAAAUUGAUGGCAAGAAGUAAAAUGUUCUUCUACUUGCAGGGGGAAUGCUCAAAGUGAAAAGCCUAAAACAAAGCCUGGGUAGUGACAGCUUUCCACUACUGAGUAUGAAUGUGAAACCCUGUGCAUAAACAGGAAGUAAGUGUUUAUAGCCAGCAGUUUGGUCUAGACAGUUGAAUAUACACACACGCACACUCUAUAUAUAAUAUAUAUAUAUGUGUGUGUAUGUAUGCACGUAUUUACACAGAAAACCUUGAGUCUUUGCUUGUUCUGAGGCUGUUAAAAACACCGUGAUAUACUGAGUGCUUUAGUAAAGGGGCACUAUAGAAAUUACUGGUAUUCCUUUAAAUGUUAGUUUGAAGAUUGAAAAAAAAUAAAUCUAAAUAUUAGCUGGUUUUUUUUCCCCACAGAAGCUUUUAACAUUAGCAGAUUUUAAUAGUUAUUACACAAAAGCACAUCAGCAAUAAUUUCAGCAAAUUUACCAGCAAGAUACCUUAAUGGUCUAGUUUGUAAUAUAUUAGAAUGGUAGCCAGUGACCCAUGAUGUGGCUCCUUAUUUCCCAACUGUAAAGAGAGAGGAAUAAGGACUAAAAAUAUUUUUAUUGGAAUCUAAGCUUUUAUUACGUCUCUAGUCUUGAUGUGGUAAUGAGUUUUUGUUACAGCAGUCAAUAAUUUUAUUCUUUAGCCUUCUGUUAGAAUGACUUGUUUCGACAGCACGCUGCUGAGAUUGAAGAAUGCUUUUCAAAACUCAAGACAGUUUUCCGUAUCAACCUUAAUGGUUGUAAUGGUUUGAAAGAAAGCUUCCAGAAACAGAGUUCUCUGGUGUCGAUAGCGCUCCAGUUGUUAAAAAAAAAAAAAAGAAGAAGAAAGAAAAACCUAUCUUUUGUUACAAUGUAAAUUGGAUCAGAAAAUUAAAAUCUGCCAAGGCUGUGCUGGUAAAAAGGGAUGGAUUUGGAUUCGCUGGUGCCACACAGUAAGUAGAAAGCAGGGAACCGCCUUGGACAUCUGUAAGGGAAGUGCAUGUCUGAAGAAACUCUAAUUGUAGGCAGGUCGGUGCAGCGUGAGAGUGGUCAGUCCAUUUACCACCUGUAGGUCUCACCGCUACAGAGGCUGGAUUUAAGAAUCCAGAGCUUGAUAGGUUUGAUGGCUGUCGCACACUGCGGAGUGACUGUUUCGUACACAAACUGUACACCCUUCAAUAAGUUCAUGAUUUGGUACAAACCUAAAAACUGCACUUAAUGCUUUGGCAGGCUUAAUAGUGCCUUUUGUAACAUAUUUUUUUUAAUUAGAUUUGUGUUCUUUUAGAAGUUUAAAAAAAGUGGCAUCCACUUACUAUGGGCACAUAAAAUAGUUUUUCUUCUGGGCUUUCUGAACAGAACGUAUUUUAAUGUCUCUCUCUCUCUUUCUAAGUUUGAUUAUUUGGUGCGAUAGCUCUCCACUGUGGGAGAGCAUUCCUAUUUUAGAAAUUAUUUUUUAAAAAAGGCUUAUUUAGCUCUUUCUUUAUAAUUGAGCCUAUUUCCAAUGAGCUGGACAUUAGAAAGAGCUACUUUACACAAAUGACUGUCAUUCAGUGAUAUUCCAGACAACAAGCUGGGGUGUGGGGGUGUCAUUCUUCAAGAGGCAUGUUAAAAAAACAAACAAAAAACCCAAAACCAUAACCUGCUAUAUUACCAAGUAUAUUAACUGACUUUUUCAUGAGGGUUUUUUGGGGUUUUUUUUUUCCAGUCUGGUUUUUGAUGCAACAGUCUCUGGUCUCAAACAACGUUUGUAGGUCCCAAAUUUCUACUUCUAUCUAGUUUUAUGUAAAAGGGUUUGGGGGGGUGGUGGUGUUAGUUUUGUUUUGGUUUUUUAAAUAAUUUAAUAUAAAUGAUGUCUUUGUCAUUCUGGAGAAAUUAUUCAGAUGAUGAGUAACUGCCUAAUACCAUGGUAAAGCCAAAUUCAUGUGGCAAGUUACUGUGUGUGCAGCUGCUGUUCUCCACCCUGGUCCUUCUUGAGCUGUCAUACAAUGACGUUGCCCUUUUGAUAAGAGUUUGUUACAGAGCUGGGAGACCAAUACUAACACUCCAGUACUUUAUCCUUUUUACCUUUAUUAUGCUUUGCUUUCUUUUUUUAAUAUUUAAAUCUGUAUUACUGGUAUGUACAUGUAGAGAAACACCACACACACACCCCCCUCCACCCGACCUACUCACUACACCACCAAACCCUUGCCUUUCACUUUGUAAUAUUGUUUCAGUUGGGUCAACAGAAUUUUUUUUUUAACUGUUAUAUAAUGUGCAUUAGUCCAGUUGUACUGCAUCUUAAGUCGUCAUUUUUCUAACAAUGUAUUUACUUCAGCUGUUAAAAAAAAAAUAGCAAUUUAUGUAGCGAUUUGAUCAUUCAUGAUUGUGAAGAAGCUCUUUCACACUGAGCCUGUGGAGACACUUUAAAUCAGAUUGGUAUUGCUUUAAUUGUGUUUUCUUGGCCAAAAGUUCACUUAUAAAGGUGCAAAAGAUUAGUUGUGGGUUUUUGGUUUUGUUUUUUUUUUUUUUAAUUAGCCAAGUGUCAUGUUAAAAAUACAGACUUACCCUACUUUCUAUUAAAAAAUAAAUGAGUAGCUAAAAGUGUCACACUGUGUUUAGUGUAUGGGGCAUGGUGGUAAGUAGCUGGGUAGAUACCAUGCAAAUCACUGAUUUGUCUAGACUUCACACAACUACAUCUAUCUUUUGUGUGUGUGUGUACACAAUGACAUUGGAUUAUGCCACUGACGACUUAAAGAACAGUCUCAAACUAUUUAAGACAGGAACUAUGACACUGUAAAAAUUAUGUACUUACUUGAUUUUAAAUUUCAUACCUUCUCCCUCACAACUUACUUAAGUAAGUGUCACUGAAAAUGUUGGUAAUUCCCAUACAUGUGCAAAGAGGCAUUGUGUGUGGCCUCUGGCUGCCCACCAAGAACUUACUUAUUGGCAUGGGGGGGGGUGUAGAAGGGUAUGUAUGAUGCAAGAGGGUAUAUGUAUGUAUGCACAUACACAAAUAAAAAUGCACCGAACUUUCAUCUUUCUUA